AUUCAUCACAAAUGGAGAGAGGGAGAAAUCUACAGUCAAUUACGUAAAGCAGUUCAAUUCCUUAAUGGGUUUUUUCAGCAUACUACAAGAAGAACACCAAAUAGUUUGGGAUAUACAGAGAAAUCUGUGACUAGUAGCAAAAUUUAUGUAGAAAAUGAUAUGUUUAUUCACAUGUAAACAUCAUAUCGACUGAUUUGAUUUGUUCUGAUUGGAGCUUCUCAGCAGAAACGACUCGGAAAAAGCAACCAGAUCGCAGAGUAGAGACAGAAAGCAGAGGAAAACCCAAAGAAUUCUAAUAGAGAAAGCAGAGGAAUUACCCAAGGAAUUCAGCAAAGAAAGCAGAGGAAAAGCCCAGGGAAUUCAGAGAGAGAGCAGAAAUGGAAGUGAAACGACGAACAGCGAAGAUUCUGGUAACGAAGCUGAGCUCGGUCUCCGAAAAAACUCGAACAGAAGCCCUUUGCGAGCUCCGAUUGAUCUCGAAAAACGACUCCGAAAGCCGAUCUAUAAUCGCCGACGCCGGUGCGAUCCCUUAUUUAGCAGAAACACUGUAUUCGCCGUCGCCGAUGUCCCAAGAAAACGCCACAGCCACCCUCCUCAACCUCUCCAUCUCCUCCCGUGAAUCCCUCAUGUCCACGCGCGGCCUCCUCGAUGCUAUCUCCCACGCCCUCCGCAACUCAUCUUCACCGCUCACCACCCAAUGCGCCGCCGCAACGAUUUUUAGUCUUUUAACCGAUGAAUCUUUCAGACCCAUCAUUGGGCACAAGCGAGACAUUGUUUUUGCGCUAAUUGAUGUUAUUAGGGACGCCAAGUCGGUUCCAAGAUCGAUCAAAGAUGCACUUAAAGCCCUCUUUGGGAUUGCUUUGUACCCGUUAAACCGUGCAACGAUGAUCGAAUUAGGGGCUGUGCCAGCGUUGUUUUCAUUGGUGGUGAAAGAUGGGAGAGUUGGGGUGGUGGAGGACGCCACGGCAGUAAUUGCCCAAAUUGCUGGGUGUGAAGAGAGUGGAGAUGCGUUUAGGAAGGUUUCGGGUAUUGGAGUGCUUGUGGAUUUGUUGGACAGUUCAACAGGAUCUAGUGGUAGGACAAAAGAAAAUGCUGUUUCUGGGUUGUUGAAUUUGGUACAAUGUGGAGGGGAAGAUAUUAAGAACAAUGUGAGGGAAAUUGGGUUGAGGGUGUUUGAUGGAAUUCAGGAUGUUGCAGAGAAUGGGGGCGAGAAAGGGAAAAGCAAGGCUGCUGAAUUGUUGAAAGUUCUUGAUGCUUGGAGCGAUGGCUUGCCAAAUUUGCGGUGUGACUCCACUGUUUAUGGAGUUAACGAAUUUUGAUCGAAACAUUGGGAAAGAAUGGUUUGGACAAGAUUAAGGCUUAAGUGAAAAAUCAACAAUGAAAGGAGAUACUCCUACUGCUGUCGUUGAUUCAAAGGCAGUAUAUAAGAGUUCUUCAUCAGAUAUUACAGUGAAUCAGUGAUAACAGACAAGUAGAAGUUCUGAGAACAAGUGAAUGAAACAAGCAUGCUUCCAUCAUAGUAGACUAUGAUUGAGGAUGAACCUUCUCUUUUUUCACUGACUGUGACUGAUGUAGAUAGUUACACUUAAUAAAUAGGUGUUGUUAUUGUCUUAUUCACAAAAUUAGGAGCUUUCAAAAGAUGUAAUGUUUGUUGUUUUAUUCAUAAAGAUAGAGUGGUUAUACAAUUUUUAGGUAGAACCUCUGAAAGAUGCUUUAUAUUCUCAAGGUUGUGGAUAAACAGGACCAAAUGGAAUGUACAGAAUAAUUGAAAUGAAUUAGUAGAUUGGCAAAUGUGGCCCUUUCUGGUUCAAUUUUCAUAUUUGAGGGAUUCCGGAAAAACUCUUGGAUCAGUUAUCUAUCGGAACAGAAGGCACAGGUGAUGAUUCUUCUUAAUAUGAAGGGAAAGUGCAAAUGCAGUGUAGCUUGAUUAGAAAGUAGGAUAUGGUGGUUAUAAGACUAUCUUUGCUCUUUGGCACAGAAUGGCUGUGCUGCAAUGAGGAUGUUGAGAUGUUUAAGUUGUAGCAUUUAGCAUAUAAAACCAUCAAAAUUCUGUGACGACAGAGGUUUGUUCAUUCAGCAAGUUUCAUUGUAUUUUGCCCUAUACGCUUUUUGUAGUUGCUCUU